GCGAUGGGAUUCGGUGGUAAAAGAUGGAGACGUCGGAUUUAACAUAACCAACUCCGGUAGUGCGAUGCUUGAGGUCCCGCACAUCCUAUCUUACACCGGGAAAAUAGCAUCCUCGACUCGACUCUGGUCGAUUUCACUGUCAUAGCCAUCGCCCGUACAAAGCAAAGCGACUGUGAAAAAUGGCUGCCCGAAAGGGUAUCAUGUCGCCCGAGGUGAAGAACCUUAAUCCUCCAAAGUAUGAUCCCAUCUCUCUUGACGAGCUCAGCCGAUCCGAUGGUAAAGAUCCCAGCCGCCCGACCCUCGUCGCGAUCAAAGGAAUCGUCUUUGAUGUCUCUGGAAACCCCGCCUAUAAACCUGGUGGAAACUACAAUGUCUUUGCCGGAAAAGAUGCCUCGCGCGCUCUAGCACGCUCGUCCCUGAAGCCGGAAGAUUGCCGACCGGAAUGGCAGGAUUUGGAGGAUAAGGAAAAGGGCGUUCUUGAAGAAUGGUUUUCAUUUUUCAGUAAGAGAUAUAAUAUUGUUGGAAAGGUGGAAGGGGCAUCGAAUAUUUAACAAACAUGAAUGCGAUGGAUGGUAUGGUGGAACCCAAGUAAUUGAAGCGGGCGUGAUGCCUUUGAAUGAUUCAAGGCAGGCAUGGCAGGUUCAGCUGGUUCUUGAAUCGACGUAUAUAGGUGGAGCGUAAGACUGACCCCUUAAGAGAUACGAUUUGCUCCUAUCGUGUAUUUUGGGUAUACAUCAUUGGUGGGGAUGCCGCAUGUUAAAUACGCCCAGAGCUACUCCGUAAGCAUUGUGAGGAUUGGAGGCUGUAGAUA